AAAAUCCCAACCAUGGCAGGAUACCGUAGUUAAUAAAAGUAAAGUAGCUUAAAACACCCUCCUUAGGAACUGUUAGAAGAGAUUUUAAAGACCAUAUCCCUUAAAAAUGUCUGAAACCAAAGUUAAAGCCUCUGCUUGGAGAUUAGUUGAAGUUGGCCGUGUCGUUUUAGUUGACGGUAAAUUGGCCGCCAUCGUUGAAAUCGUCGACCAGAAGAGAGUCUUGGUUGACGGUCCAAAGACCUCUGUCGUCAGACAGGUUGUCUCUUUGGCCAACGUUGUUUUGACUCCAUUGACCAUUGCUUUGCCAAGAGGUUCCAGAACUGGUACCGUUGCCUCUAAGUGGACCGCCUCCGGUGUCGACGCUAAGUGGGCUGCCUCCUCUUGGGCCAAGAAGAUUGCCGCUAGAGAAAGAAGAAGACAGUUGACCGAUUUCGAAAGAUUCCAGGUUAUGGUCUUGAAGAAGCAGACCAGAUUCGCUGUUAAGAAGGCUUUGGCCAAGGCUUAAGUUUAUUGACUCCUCAAUAUUCUCAUCCUAAUUCUUUUCUAACGACCCUCUUUUCCCAAACCUUUUUAUCUAAUCUACUUCUCAUUCCCGCGUGAUCGGUCCAAUACUAUCCAUUCCAUUAAUCUGUUCUAUGCAUUCCUAUU